ACUUUAUUCCACACACACCAUAUUUAUUUCAAAGUUAAUUUUCUCUCUCUUCACCAAAGAAAUCUGGAAAACUCUCUCAUUCUCAAACAAACCCUAGCCUCCUUCAGUGUGUCUCCGGCGGUCGUUACAUUGCUCCACCAUCUUCAUUUUUGAAAAUCCAUCACCAUAAAAAGAGUCCCCUCCAUCUUCUCUACAAAACCCAUUUAAAAAUAUCAGGAACGGACAACCUUCGCCGGUGACCACCACGCCGGAGCUUGCAACCACCGCGCCGGGAAAGAGCUUACGUGUUUUCAUCCCAAUCUGGGUCAGAAUUUUUACACAAACGCUUAAACCUGGGCUGUUGUCUUCAUCAAGCCUUUUUUUUUCUGCCGAGUGAAUUCAGAGCGAAGGGCAUUUUUAUCAAUUUCAUUUCAUGGAGAUAGACAGACCUGAUGGAAGGAGUCCCAAUCAAUUGAGGCCGCUAGCUUGCUCUCAUUCUGUCCUCCACCGAGCCCAUGGCUCAGCCACAUGGGCUCAAGGAGAAACCAAAGUUCUGGCUGCAGUUUAUGGACCUAAAGCUGGAACCAAGAAGAAUGAAAAUCCAGAAAAAGCCUCCAUUGAAGUUAUUUGGAAGCCUAAUACAGGACACGUUGGUCAAGCGGAUAGGGAGUAUGAAAUGAUAUUGAAGAAAACCUUGGAAAGCAUAUGCAUUCGUACCAUAUAUCCCAACACCACCACUUCUGUUAUAGUCCAGGUUGUCCAUGACGAUGGUGCUCUUCUUCCAUGUGCAAUAAACGCAGCAUGCGCUGCACUUGUGGAUGCCGGAAUACCCCUAAGACAUCUGGCUGUUGCAAUAUGUUGUUCUGUAACAGAUAAUAAUUCUAUUAUAUUGGACCCUUCCAAAAAAGAAGAGGAGAAAUCAAAAGCAUUUGCCUAUUUAGUUUUUCCAAAUACAACUGUUUCUGUCGUCCCAGAGAAAUCAUCGCAGGUGGGUAAUGAUCCCAUGGCACAUGGAAUCAUCACAUCUGUUACACAUGGUGCUAUGUCAGUGGACGAUUACCUUCAUUGCCUAGAACGAGGACGAGCCACAACUCAAAGGUUGUCUGAAUUUUUGAGGAAGAAUAUAGCACCGAAAUCUACCCGUGAGGCAUCUAAAGCUGGAUGAUUUCCAAACAUUUUGAAUGUAAUGUACUUGUAUCUAAAUUUUCCCAUACAAGGGUUGAGGAAGAUAGAAUUUCAUUGUAGGACAAGUGUGUGACAUCCUUGCUCCAUGCCUACUAACUCUAAAUUUCUAAUUAGCUUUGUAGUUCUACAACAUCUUACAUGAAAUUGCUAUUGAAAUUAUUAAGAUUCUGUUUACCCAGUA